CCAGCCAGUGUGGUGGCCCUGCCCAGGUCCCUUGCUCCGGCCUUUGAAAAUUUCUACCAGGUCAACAGUGGCCCCCUGCCGCUGCUGGGCCAAAGUGAGCCAGGCAAGUGGACGUUGCCUGCCCUGGAUGCGGUUCCAGGUACCAGGUAAAAACCCUGAGAUGGGCGUCCCCAGUUCUGGAAGUAUGAGUUCGGCACCUGCACGGGCAGCCUGACCUCGCUGGAAGAGUCCUCGGAGCAGCUGAAGGACAUGAUGGCCUUCCUCCUGGGCAGCAGCUUCUCCCUGGAAGGGGCCUGGGAGAAGCGGGGACUCCCCAGAAGGGACUCAUCAGGCCACGGCCACAUGGGUGCAUACAAGACAGAGGUGCCUUGUGCCACCAUUGCUGGCUUUUGCUGCCCUCUGAUGGUCACAGUGAGGCCCGUUCCCAAGGACAAACUGGAACGUCUGGUGCAGGCCUGUUGCUCCGUGGGGGAUGAGCAUGGACAACCGGUUCACAUUGGUGACCCAGAACUGUUGGGUAUCAAAGAUCUUUCCAAACCUGACCACGGGGAGCCUGUGGUGUGUCAGCCAGGGCACGUUCCAGUGUUCUGGCCUUCUCAGCUGACCAGUCUCGAAACUGUCAGCGCCUGCAAGAUGCCACUGGCUUUCACCAGCGCACCGGGUUGCACAGUUAUGACUGACCUGAAGGGUACAGCGGCUCCGGCCAGAUGCCUCACCCCUGAGGGAAUGCCAGAGGUCCAUCACAUUUCCCAGGAUCCUUUGCACUGCAGCAUGGCGUCAGCUUCAGUCGCUCAGAGGGUCAGAGAACUGGAGACGAUAAUUGCCAUCGACCCAGGCAGCCGGGGGCUCGGGCACCUGCUCCGCGCGGGCGAGCUGCUGCGGGCCUCCCUGUCUCCGUCCCACGCCCGCUCCGUGCUCCGCACCACUUGCUUCCCCGCGCAUCUCAACCACGAGCCUCCGGAAGAGACGGAUGGCCUGCCGGGCUUCCUGCAGGCCUGGGAGAAGGGGGUCUCCAUGGUCGUCGACCAGAGAGCCUUAAAUUUGCACAAGAAGCUUGUUGACGAGGCUGUACAGCGAGGUGUUCUGAAGAGGCAGAUCCCAAUAUUAACUUACGAAGGCGGAUUGGCGGAAGCUGCUCAGGCGUUUCUAUGCAGAGACGGGAACCCCAAGUCACCCAGGUUUGACCAUCUGGUGGCGAUCGAGCGCACGGGAAGGGCUGCCGAUGGCAAUUACUACGCAAGGAAGAGGAACAUCAAGCACUUGGUGGACCCCAUCGACGGUCUUUUCCUUGCAGUGCAGAAGAUUACUGGAAUUUCAUCAACUGGGGUCGGUGACAGAGGCAACGAGCUUGGGAUGGGCAAAGUCAAGGAGGCCGUGAAGAGGCACAUACGAAAUGGGGACAUCAUUGCCUGUGACGUGGAGACUGACUUUGCGGUCAUCAUCGCUGGCCUCAGUUCCCACGGCUCUCGUGACACCGAUUCCAGCCUCAAGCCCCCUCCCCAGCUGGUGCCCCUCGCAGAGCUGGGACCCGCCCACCCCAGAGAGAAGCUGGUGGCGGGCAUCAGUCUCUACCAGGAAGAAAAAAUGUUGGGCAUCCUGGUGCAGCAUGGAGUCUGGAGCGGAGUCUCGGGCACCCUAGGCAUGGAGGUGGACAGGCUGCCCUUCCAUGGCACUCACGCCCAGAUGAUCCAGAAGCUGGUAGACGUCACCAUGGCGCAAGGGCGACCAUGCGCAUUACAGGCAUGGGGGGUGCGUACUAGACGGAUCUAG